AUGGAGUUCGGGAUCUAUCAAUUGCUCCACGCGGCACUUUCCCUUUUCGGUAUUGCCAUCAAUGUCUUCUUGCUAUUUCUGGCCGUCUCAAAGUCGCCGAAGAUUAUGCGUCCAUGUUCCGCACUCAUUACUAACAAGUCACUCACUGACAUCAUGUCGUCACUGGCCAACUUUUUUGUGAUGCAAAGGUAGGGCUCGAGUGUGGAAUCUACUUUGAAAAGAGUUCAGAAUCAUCACUGACGGCUCCUCGGUUACCAUAAUCCCGACGGGCCCUUGCACUGACUUUGGCCCGGUCGCCUGCUACGCCGGCCACAUGUUCAUGAGCAGUUUCCUGGAGCACAAUCUGAUCUGGCUGAUCGCCUGUUAUCUCUUCCGCUACUAUAUCCUCUACGUCCGCGAUCCGUCCAUCAAAAGCAUUAUCUUUGCCGCGUUCCUGGUCUACAUCCCUUCGCUCGUUCACAUGGCCGUUUGGAUCGACUUUUUCGCGUCGGAACAAAAGGAAAUCGCUCUGGAAGCAGGAAAUUGGACCACUUUCAAUGGUACUGACGAGAAUGAGAUGAUUCUAACUGGCUCGGUGGUAUACUGGUCUUCAAUUGUGAUUUUCGUCCAACUGGUCAUCACCUCUUUUCUCGUUGUCAUUGCCUAUCUUUGGAUUCGUAACGUUCUUCUCAACUUCAUUCUGAGCAUGGGCGCCGACCUCUCGAAGGAUGUCAAGAUUCUCAAUAAACAAUUGGUCAAGGUGAAUCUCAACUCUCAACUUUGUGAACAGAAUUCCACAACUUUGAUCCAUCUUCAGAUCCUGACGUUCCAAGUGUGCAUUCCCAUCUGGAUCUUCCUCGGCGUCCUCUUCUUCCUGGCCAUGUACACCGGAACCUUCCGUCCGGAUUACCUCCAAUACGGAAUCACGAUCGCUUUCAUGCUCGCCCCCGUCAUUUCCCCAUUUUCUUACAUCCUUUUCGUCCCCCAUUAUUGGAAGUUUUGUACAGGAAAACCAUUAAGGAACUCGUCGUCCGCUUGCAUCACUUCUUCCAAUGCCGGAAGUGCUGAGAAGAGUGCCUCUUAA